GUCUGGCAGAAAAACAGAAUUGUAUUAUACAUACCAUAAAACGUUAUUUUUUUACAUUUAUUCUACCUCUUUCAGCAAUAUGAACAUUUUAAACGUUGACAGAGAUUUCUAGACUCCCCCAGGCGUAUCGUGGUGGAUUCUACCGCUUUCCCGCAAUAAGGUGGAUAUUUAACUUGCUUUUGAAUUUCGCGUGAACUGUCAGUGAUAUAAGUAGGAGGAACCUUUUUGGGAAAGCAGACCCAGAAACGUAGGCAGCGACACAGAGUUCACAGAGUUAGUCAACAGUUUCCUUUGGAUUACUGAAGAGUCACCGGCAUACAUGUACAACUACGGAAACCUGGGCAGUGGAAUCGAUCGGACCUUCCCAGAUAACAGCUCUGGAUCAGGCUCGAGCUCUGCGACUCUCGCUACAACUACUGCCACAACUCAACAACAACAGCAGAAAUAUUCUGUGGCAGGAUCCAGUCAGUUUGUGCCCAGUCUCAAUGCCAUAACUUCAAACCAGGACCUUCAAUGGAUGCUUCAGCCCUCUGUUCUAGGCACCCCGGGACAUUCCAGGGCACUUCGACCAUCUUACUCACUGCCACCAAGAAUCCCAUAUAUGAAUCCUCAACUUUCCCAAUCACACAUGCCCCGGCCAGGUGUUAUUAGAGCAGCUACAGUCGUUGGCAGCUCAACAAGAAGCAGAAAUGAUGAACAUCUAUCCCCUGAGGAACUUGAGCGGCGUAAAAUUAGAAGGGAACGUAACAAAAUGGCUGCGGCAAAGUGCAGGAAUCGUCGACGUGAACUGACUGACACAUUACAAAAUCAAACUGACCAGCUAGAGGAUGAAAAAUCACGUCUGCAGAAGGAGAUCGCUGAGCUUCAGAAGCAAAAAGAGAAGUUUGAGUUGGUCUUUGAAGCCCAUAGACCCAUCUGCAAAGUCCAGGACUCGGACUCAGACUCUGACUCCAACAGUGACCUCCCGACACUGAGUGGAAUCAAGAUUGAGUCUGUGGACCCUGAUCUUCCUGGACCCUCCAGAGAAUUAAAGAGUCACGCCAAGCCUAAUAAACCCAAGCCCAAAAUUACCAUACCACCUCCAGCUUCAGCCUCCACUGGUACCAGCGUACCUCUGGAAUCAGAGUCUCUUCAUACUCCUGUCCUCAUUUCCACUCCAUCUCUGACCCCUUUUACUGCCAGCCUGGUCUUUAGCUACCCCUCUUCUUUACAGGAUACCAGCUCUGCGACUUCAUCCCAAGCUCUCGAUCUCACCAGCUCUCAUAGUACCAGCCAGUCUUCUCAUAACCCUCAGCCGUGUGGCGUCGCUCAUCGCCGCAGCAGCAGCAGUGGAGAUCAGUCAGAUCACUCUCUCAAUUCACCAACCAUCCUCAGCCUUUAAUUUCUCAUCUGCUGAGGGAAAAAGUGUUUCCAAAAGUGUCCUUACUACUACUACAUACAAGCAUAUAUGCUUUUACCUGUGUAUUCUGUUUACCUUUAUUCAUGGCAAUUAUCAAGUAACUUGAAUGCACUAUAAGAAUACAGAAGCACAAGUUAAUGGUGAUGUGUGUAACCUCAACAUAGUAAGGAGACCCACCUAUGCCAUUCGUAGGCUGAUUAGUAAUACUGGAUAAACCAAGAGCGUGCAUUUGGAGGUACUAUCUGUUUGUUCAACCAAUAACAUUUGGAGUAAGUGUUCAGGAAAAGGUAUUUUUGCAUUUCGUUUGGCGACGUUAGUGACAUAGAAAUUGCACACUUCACCUUUAAGGAUGUGUAGUGCAAAAUGAAAGAUAUGAUCAUCCUACAUAUGAAGUAGACUGAAUUUUUUACAGGACAUAUGUAUAUAACACUGAAAAGAAAACUGACUGACUUUUAAGCCGUAACGUUUGACUAGUGGCAUUAAUAAUAGUAUUAUUGAUUUAUAGUAAUUUACUUCAACUACAUAUUUAGUGUAUUGGUGAUGGUACUGUAGCAGUUAAAAACUGGCCUGCUAGCAAAAAGUUUAGAGGUUGCUUUGGGGGUUUGAGAGUAAGAGCACAGUGUAGAUCUAUCAUCAUGAUGCCUUUCAGGAAGGAAUGUCAGUUACUUCAGGAAAGCAAUUUUUAAAGAGUGUCUAUUACGUUAUUUAUUAUUACGUUACCAAUUUUAGAAAUGUUAAGGUCUCAAUUGAAAUGUGGAUUUGGAUUUGUAUCGGUUAUACUGUCUUGCUAUGCACAUGUUUGUGGAUUUACACAAUGUAAUGUCUUGUUAUUUUAUGUUUAAUCUUGGUUUUAAGAAAUGCAGCAUUAUAAUAACAGUGUAUGCUGAAUAAGCUAGUUUUAAAGAAACUGAAGUGAUGCAGCCUACCUGGUUCAAUGUCUGCAACACCACUCAACUCAACACUGAGAAUGUGCACUUCAAUGACAGUUCACUGUUACACUGGUUACAAAAAUUACAUUUUAACUUCAUGAAACACUUCAACUGUUACUAUAGAGGAUGUUUUCUCGACAAGUGCAAAGGUGUGUGAUUCACAGGCCAGUAGAAGUAAAUUAUAUAUAAUUUAUACUGUACUGAGUACACUAUAUGUUAGACUCUACUAUUGCUUGACCACAUAUAGAUUUGUAUUUAUUUUUGAAAACGAUAUUUUUUACUGAUUUGAUGUUGGUUCCUUUAAUAAGGAGAAAUGUUGCAUGCUAUUUAACAUCCAAUAAACAAUUACUGACAAUAUGUGCUGCUAUUUGGAAUACAAAACAAUUUUAUGACCCUGAGCUGUUUUGUAACAUACUAGAGUGCCUUAAACUGAGGACUUCUAUUUAAUUCUAUACUGUAUGAAAAAUGUAAGUUGAAGCUGAUUUGUAGCCCCCUUAAGAGACUCUGUUUGUAGCUGUAAUUUUAUUGCAGGGGGUACAUAGAUAAAUAAUAUGGCAAUGAAGUAAAUGUUUAGCAAGAUACAUCAUAGAAAAAGAGUCUCUCACAGCACACGGAUACAAGGAGGGGUUGAGCACACAGUUUCCUCCUAGGAUGUCCUGAUGACAAAAAUGUUCAAUGAGUCACAAACACAUUUGCCUCUGAACUGAAACCAGUUGUUAAACACCUUCCUCUAACAGUGUUGAUCUUUAAUUGUUGUACGACGAAUUCAAACAAAUAAAGUUCUGCUCAGGAUAAACA